AUGAAACCUAUAGCAGUAAGCUACGCUAAUACUGUGUACCUCAAGCUCCAACCUUAUAGACUAAAAUCCAUUGCUAGAAGGGUCAAUGAAAAACUAAGUCCAAUAUAUUAUGGCCCUUAUCCUAUUAUUGAAAGGGUUGGGGAAGCUGCAUACCGAUUGCAAUUGCCAGACAAUUGUCAAGUGCAUUCGGUAUUUCACGUUUCGUUACUCAAACGUGCAUCAUCCUCUGUCCCUAAUGUUCAACCUUUACCACCUAGUUUAUCAGAAAGUUGGGAGUUGCAGGUGCUACCCGAGUCAGUGGUGAAAUGGCGUCAUUCCUCAACUGGAAUAGUGGAAGUUUUAAUUAAAUGGUGUGACCUCUUUGAAUUCGAAAAUACUUGGGAAGAAGCCGUUGUCAUCAAAGAACAAUUUCCACAUUUCCACCUUGAGGACAAAGUGCAUAAAUUGGGGGGGAGUAUUGAUACAACCCCAACCCAACAGGUAUACCGUAGGGAUAGAAGCAGAAAGAAUUGGGCCUCACUUGUAGCAACUGGCCCAAGUGGGAUUGCUGUUAGUCCUAAUAGCUGUAUGGACGAGAGUACCCUCCAACAGAAUGCAGGUGUGGGAGCGCCAAGUUAG